AUAGAGCUGUAAUGCAGUGGAACUUAAACUGCUGAUUAAAGUUUAGGGAGGGUUAGAGAAGGCCACCGCUGAAAAGGGACAGACACAGGAAGAGAGGGGGCACUAUAGUAACAGAUGGACUUAGAGGGAUUACAUGAUUCAGGAUGGGUUUGUGUCAUAAAUUCCCAAGAAAGACAGUAAAGGGAGUAGAGUGGCUUGGAGAGAGACAUGCAGUCACUCCAUCGGUUCGCAUCUCCAUCGCAGGAGGAUUACACGGGGCUUGCAGCUGGAGAGGUAAGGGCCACUGAUGCUCAUACUGGAGGAGGAAAACUGACGCACAGAGAAAAGAUGAAGAGAGUAGCAACAGAGAGGGUAUUCAAGAUGGAGCAGCUGAACUAAAGUUGUGAAGGAGCUUUUUGAUUAAGGGCUUAUGAAGAAGGCAGAGAAAAACCACACUAGAGUGGCAGUGAAAGGCAGUGAAAUAUGUUUUACCAUGGUAGUUACUUCAUGAUGGACAUGAAAGACUACAGAGGGCGAGAACAAAGUCUGGUAGGUAUUUUAAUUAUUUAAAAAUAAUUUGUUCUGAAGUCAUUUGUGGAUUCUUCAUCAGCAUUUGCAAAAACAUAAUUUCUCUAAUAUUUAAACAUACCAAAAAAACCUCGUUAUUACACUGAGUGUUCAAUUAAAUUUGUCAUUCAUGAAUGAAAACUGAACUUAUUUUGGACCGACGUCUGCAAAAGUUGAGCAAACUGGGAAAUGAUGCAUCAGCUAGUUACUGACGUGUAAAGGCUGAAAAUAUUUAUUGUCUUAGCAACAGUCGACAUGGUAAGGUUCAUGCUAAGAGUAACCAUUUCAAACAUUAUCUUAUAAAUAUCAAUACUUGGUCACUGGUUGCUGUUAAACCAUCAGUAAUAUGCAGAGGUAGACUUUCAUGUAGAUUAUCAAGGUGUUUUGUGGGGUAAUUGUUUCAGUGCUGAAUUAAUUAAACUGACAUCUCUGUGAUGGUGUGACGCACUGAGCGGUAAUCUAAAUGAACAGUGCCUAAAACAUGCACUUCUGAAAGGACAUAAUGUACAUCUGAGAGUAAAUGCAAUGCAAGUAUUUAGGAAAGCCUUAUCUCUGCUGAGCAUUGGCUUUAACUGCCUCAGUAACGCUCCACUGGUCAUUAAGCAUAUUACCAUACUGAUGGAGUUUUAUUUUCAGCAGUACAGAUGACAGAAACCAUGCUAAGGGAUGAGUGAUGUGCAAAAUACACCUGAUUUAAUCUGUGUUGUGUUUCAGGGGCUUUGAGCUGACAGGGGGACAUUGCAUGAGAGAAAGAUUGGCAGCAGACAUGGUCAAAGUGUACUUCACACUAAAACACACCUAACAAAAACAGAUUAAAGCAGAUUUCCAGGGAUUACGUGUAAAAAAUUUCAUUUAGAUCUCUGGCUUAUCUAUAAUUUCAUCAAAAAAGUAAUCUAGUGUUUUGCUCCCCUACAUCGGGCCUUCCACUUAAGGCCCACAGUUCAUAAUGAGCGGCAGGCUCGGGGCUGAGUGUGUUAAUCAGGAAGCACGGAGAUGUUAGCCGGGGUCACAGGAAAGUACACAUUACUCAGCCUUCCACAACCCGCCUUUAAACAGCUGGAGGACUUAUGUGACUUCAGGCAGUGAUUGACAGUGUAAAGCUAGAUUUCAUUAUAUGGGCACUUUCCUUUUAGCCUCUGUUUUCUUUUUUAUGCUCACUUGCUCACAAUUUCAUUUAACUUUUUUUUGCAAAGUAUUAAGUUCAGGAAUGUAUUUGAUGUCCUCUUUCGAUGUACAAGUUUUAUCAAAAAAUUCUGAUAUUUGUAAAUGCUUUUUUGAUACAGCUGAAUUGAUCUAAUACAGAAAAAAGGGGGCUUUGAGUGUUGAUUUCAGAGGAUGCAUGUCUGUAUCUGUUCCCACAGGAAUCAAUAGCUCCUCAUACUGAAGAAGUCAGGGCAACAAAGAGUAAUAUCCUGGAAUCCCUUGGUUCUCUCCCACUGUGCCCAAAUCAUCCACCUAAAUCUCCUCUUGUUCAUUUUUUCAUUCCUUCUGUCCCUCUUUCCCACGUGUAUCAACAUCAGAGCAUCUUGUCGUGCUCCCUGCUCUCUCUCUUUCUUUAUCUUCCUUUCUGUUAAUCCCACUGACUUUACAGUAUCGUUCCUCAUCUGUUUUCUUAUCUUCUUUCUUUACUGUUACAUCACGUUUUUAUUUGUUUUCUUUUUAAACCUGGCCGCCCAUAACCUCUUAAAACCCCCACAAAGCAUCUGUCCCACCCUCUCAGCUCCAUCUGUGGCUGUUUUCAUACCUUCUGUCCUGCUAUUCCCAUGUGCCUUGUCCUGUUCUGCCCCCUGUUUAUCUCACUUUGACCUUCCUCUCUCUCUUUCUGACCCCACCCGUACCUCCAUCUUCUCCCGCGUGGCCAUGCUGGAACGCAUGUCCCGUCGCUCUCGCUCCCUGCUCUCCCUCACCUUGACCUCUUUGGCUCUGGCCCUCUCCAUCCUGGCUCUCUGCACCUCAUACUGGUGUGAGGGCACUCACAAGGUGGUCAAGCCCCUCUGCCUGUCGCCUGUCAAAAUGAAGAACUGCGGUCAGAACAACAGUGAGCCUUACACCACAGAGAGUCCCACUCAGAACCCCUACAACCGCACACUAUCUCCAGCCAGGAGAGAAGAGCUGGCUAAGAUCAGACAAAGGCAGCUGGCCAAUGCUGUCCACUACAUAUGGGAGACGGGCGAAGACAAGUUUGCUUUUAGAUACUUCCACACAGGCUUCUGGGAAAGCUGUGAAAAACACAGUGAUGGGGAGAAGUGUCGCAGCUUUAUAGACUUAACUCCAGGAGAAACUCAAGCUAUGUGCACUGUGCUAUCAGGUCUUCUUGGGAUGGUGGCACAUAUGAUGUACACCACAGUGUUUCAGAUGACAGUAAUUGUGGGCCCCAAAGACUGGAGGCCUCAAUCCUGGGACUACGGCUGGUCAUUUGCUCUCGCCUGGGUGUCCUUCAGUUGCUGCAUGGGAGCUGCUGUCGUCACGCUCAACUCCUACACAAAGACCAUCAUCGAGCUUCGCCGCAGACAGAGACUACGUUUAGAGGAAGCCAGAGCCACCACUCACGCCCCAUCCUAUGACGAGGUGGUCCCAGGGGGAGGGCUCUACUCUGUCAGCGGCCUAUUGCAAUGUCCAGAUGGGAUGAUUGAUGUGGCGUGGGCUCCAAAUGGCAGCGUAGUCGGAGUGGGAAAUGGGGAUGUACCAACUUUGGUUUUAGUAGGAGGCUGUGGCCCUGAGGGGUGUGAGGACUGUGAGAGAGAGAUGGAUGAGAUGGGGGAAGCCAUGGACCGAGUUGAUUCACCUUGUUAGGGCAUCAGUAACACGUAUCAAC